CUAGAAGAUUUAUUAACCAGAUACAACAUGUGUUCUCCUGCCAGUUCCAAAAUCCUCUACAGGAAUCCCCGGUUCCUCCGGGUAGCUUUUCUGCAGCUUCGGCACCAGCAGCAGAGUGGUGUGUUUUGUGAUGCCCUUCUGCAGGCAGAGGGUGAGGCUGUCCCAGCCCACUGCUGUAUCCUGUCUGCCUGUAGUCCCUUCUUCACAGAACGUCUGGAGCGAGAAAGGCCAGUUCAGGGUCGGAAGGUGGUACUGGAACUGGGAGGCCUAAAGAUCAGGACACUUAGGAAACUGGUGGAUUUCCUGUAUACUUCAGAGAUGGAAGUAUCUCAGGAAGAAGCCCAGGAUGUGCUUUCUGCUGCCCGUCAGCUCCGAGUCUCCGAGCUGGAAACCCUUCAGCUAGAGGGUGGGAAGUUAGUAAAGGCUCCCCAGGGCCGAAGACUAAACAGGGAGUGCUUACAACCACCCAGUGCCGCGCCAAUCUCUGCCAGGGUGGUCGCACCCAGCCGCCGCCCUCGAGCUCCACUGCCUGCCCCCCAGACUCCUGGUCCUCUUGGAGCAGUGAGGUUGAAGUCCUUAGGGGAAGAAGAGGGGCCUCACAAAAAGAGCAGCUUAACAACUGUGGAUAGCUUGCCAGAGACCCUUCUACUCAAGAAGAAAGCCAGGGUUUGCUCGACUCAAGAAAGAAGCUCAUCUCCAUCGAGCCAGAGAGAAGGGCCUAAGGAGAACAAGAGUAAUCCUGCUCUAGGUCCUAUAGCGCAUUGCCAUCCUGCCUUGUACCCUUCUGUGGAUGAGCAACUGUUGCCCCGCAAGAUCAGGCUGAGUCGCUCAAAGCCAUCACCCCAUGUCUGUACAUCUAGGCCUUCUGGCGUUUUAAGUGGUCCCAGUUCAGUGCCCACAGCUCCUGGCCGUCGUCUUUGGAGGCAGAGAAAUGUAAGUCGAACAGCACAGACUACGGACAAGCAAAAGCCAGGGGACGUCAGUUCUCUGGAGAGCACUCCAGACCCAUCAGAUGUUAGGAAGACAGGUGGGGGCAAGAAGCAGAGCCCCGAAUCCCGAGCCCUCGCCUCCAGCUCUGUAGAGGAGGGGCAGGUUGGGAGAGUAAAGCUGAGGAAGAUUGUCAAUGGUACCUGCUGGGAGGUGGUGCAGGAGCCUCCCCUCAGAAACACCCGAGAUAGCCCCCAGGUCCCAGGACCCUCAGAUGUAGAAGAGCCCUCAGUAACUCUGCUGACCUCAGUCAGUGAGCAGGAAAUACCUGCUAGAUCACAGCUGUGUCAGGACUCCCCGGAGAGCCCGGGGCUACAGGACAUUUUGUUCUCUGCUAGCCACUCCCCAGACCACCCUGUGGUGAAGUCGGAGUUUGGGUCCAGCCCAAUGCUGAUAGGGAAGGAACCUGUGCUGAACAUAGACUGCAGCGAGCCUUACACGUUUGACACAGCCCUACUAGGCCAGCCCUGUGAAGCUGAGCAGUAUCGGAUUACAAGUGCUGCCGCCACCAGUGAGCUGGAAGAGAUUCUGGACUUCAUGCUAUGUGGCUCAGAUGUUGAACCACCAGUAGGAUCUCUGGAGAGUCCUGGGGCUGAAGGCUGCAGAACCCCAAGUUAUCACCUGUCAGAAACAGGAAAGAAUUGGAUUGAAGGGGAAGAAUGGUGUUUGCCAGACAUAGAACUCUGGCCCAGAGACCUCACGGGAUUGGAAAAGGAACUGGUUGUCGAGAACAAAGAGCCAGUUGAGCCGCUUAGUCCUCUUGCCAUGCCCUCUGAGAACACAGAAUCAGCUGAGCCUCUUAGCCCCCUUGUCAUGCCCUCUGAGGUGAACAGAGAGGCACUUGCACUGAAAAGCUCUUGGACUCCAGACCUUGAUAUUACCAGCUCCCAGCCACUGGAUGGUCAGGGAGAAAAACUUCUCCAUCUUGACUCCCCUGACUCUUCCCAAAGAUCUUACAGGGAUCUCUCACUUCCAUGCUCAAACUGGGCAGAGACAGGGCUGGAACUGUCCCUAGGCAUGGAUGAAGUAUUGUAUCCUGCACCCAAGGCAGUCAGGGAAGUGUCUGCUAACCCUGAACUGCGGGACCCAUGUCCUGGCAGUUCAGAAGAUGAAGAGAUUGACGUGGUAAACUGGACAGAGGAGGAAAGGCUGGGGCCUGGUGUUCCCUCUGUCUGGCCUGACCCUUCCUCAGAGUCAGAAACAGAGAUUGAUAUACUAACGUAGUGGACAGGCAGGGCAGGGCAGAGCUCCUAGGAGGGUGACAACUGUUGAUCAGCAGAAGGCUUUCUUGGGAGAAAAGCAAGCACAUGUCCCCUUCUCUCAGCACUGAUCUCCCUUUCCCAGGUUUGUGCUCCAGGCAGAAGUUAAAUAAAUAGCAAUACCAUGGACAGAAAAUUAAGAACCUGAGCUAUUUCUUUGUAAUCCGU